AAUCAAUCAAUCAAAAAAGUUGCAAACAGAUCUAGAGAUCCAAGGAUGGCUUGUGUAGCUGUAGCUUCUCUUCUCAGAACAAUAGAGCUUGAGUUCUUGCAGUAUAAGCCUCGUCCAGUUGUUCUAGACAAUGAUCUUAUCUCUCCCAACAAAGACUUGAUCCAAUCUUUCCACCAAGAGCUUGGAUCUCUCAUAAGUCAGCUCGAUGAGGAAAGAAUCAAUAUGGAUGGUGUUGAAGCAGUUAAACCCUUGGAAACCAAGCUCAGGGAUUUAGCGUUCAGAGUGGAAGAUGAAAUCGAACUCCUAGUAGCACAUCUUUAUGAUGAUGAUGAGGAGGAUAUUGAAGAUGAAUAUUUAGUCCGAGUAGCAGAUCUCUUUGUGGAAGAGGAAGACGAACUCGAUUUGUACGUGGAAAAACCACAGCCGGAUAGAUAUGCGGAGAAACUUGGUCAAGUUUUUCAAAGUGCAAUGGAAGAAAUAGAAGCCAUCAAGGAAGCGUUGAAGAAAAUCAAGAAUAGGGACGAGGCAGAAGGAAGAAAGACAGGCAAUGAUGUUCUACAAAGGUCUCAACUUCUUUCCUCCCACCAUGCUUCACACUCCAAGGAAAAAAUGGUCGGGAAAAAAGACGAGUUUGAGAUAAUCAAGAAGCUGCUAACUGAACUUGGAUCUAAGGAAAAAAAAGUUGUAUCAAUUAUAGGUAUGGGAGGAAUCGGUAAGACAACUUUGGCUAAACAAAUCUACGAAGAUCCAUCAAUUUUUCUCCACUUUGAUGUGCGAGCGUGGGUUGUUGUGUCACAGCUUCACAACAAGAGGCAAAUGCUUGUAAGUCUUCUUAAUUCAAUUUCCAAACAAGACAACAUAGAAAACUCCACUAAUGAUGAUCUUGCUUUAAAACUUUACCAAAGUUUAAGGCAUCAAAGGUACAUGAUUGUGGUUGAUGAUGUUUGGAGUGGUGACGCAUGGGAUGAUGUUAGCAAUUGCUUUCCUGAUGAUGGAAAUGGGAGUCGAGUAUUGUUAACAACUCGCCUCGCAGAGGUGGCAAAUUAUACUAGCUCCGACAAUGACUUUUCUCAUCAUAUGCAAUUAUUGGAUCAAACUGAUAGUUGGAAUUUAUUUUGUGAAAAUGCAAGUAAAUCUCGUGAUGCUAAAUUUGAGAUAAUUGGGAGGCCAAUUGUUGAAAAAUGCAAAGGAUUGCCUCUAGCAAUAUUUGUAGUUGCCGGACUGUUCUCCAAACUCAACACACUAAAUGAGUGGGAGAAUAUUGCAAAAGCUCUAGAGUCUUCUACAACAACAACUAUUGCUGCAACAUGUUCAAAAGUACUCUCACUAAGCUACAAUCACUUGCCUCACCACUUAAAGGCAUGCUUUUUAUAUUUAGGGAUUUUUCCAGAAGAUUAUGAGAUCAAUGCUAAUGAGCUUUCAAGGUUAUGGUCUGCGGAAGGACUUGCAAAGGCAUCCGAGAAUGAAAACUUUGAUGUAGUGGCUGAAAGGUACAUACAAGAACUUAUGGAUCGAAACCUAAUUCUUGUGAGCAAGUGGAGUUGUUGUGGAAGAAAAAUUAAAGUGUUUGGAGUGCAUGAUUUAUUGCAUGCGUUUUGUGUGAAAGAAGCUGAAAAGGAGAACCUUUUACAUGUUGUACGAGAAAAUGGUUCAGAUUUUCGACAAAGAUGCUUCCGUUGGGUAAGCAUACAAUCAUCAAAUUUUGAUGUGACUACACUAUCUUAUUCAUCAAGAAGCUGUCGGUCCAUCUUCUGUUUUUCCAAAGAAUACAUAAGCUUAAACUUGGAACAGUUCAAGCUAUUGAGAGUAUUCUUCUUUAUUGACGAGUUGAUGAAAUCCUCCCAAAUUUGUUCAUCAAAACUUGCAGAGUCUUUCUUGUUUGGAUCCUAA